UUAACUGAGUGUCGGGCCGGCAUCGCACAGCUCUACGAUGACCGAUCUCACCCUAUAUCUGGAUCUCUUGUCCCAGCCAUGCCGAUCGGUGUACAUCUUCGCCAAGGCUAACAAUAUCCCCUUCAACAACCACCAAGUGCGGCUUUUUAAAGGAGAACAUUUAAGUGAAGAAUUUGGCAAAGUGAAUCCAUUUCGAAAGGUGCCAUCUCUAAAAGAUGGAGACUUCACAAUGGCUGAGAGUACCGCAAUUCUCCUAUAUCUGGCCAACAAGUACAAGACCCCAGAUCACUGGUACCCAGCUGAUCUACAGAAACGUGCCCGUGUCGAUGAAUACCUUGCUUGGCAGCAUACCAAUACCCGUCCACAUGGCUCCAAACUGUUCUGGAUUAAGGUAAUGACACCCUUAAUCCUGGGCUAUGAAGCUGAACCUGAGAAGCUGGAGCCUGUAGUGACUGAAUUUAAUAACACUUUGACUGCUUUAGAAGAGCAGUUCCUAAGAGGCAAACCCUUUGUAGCUGGUGAUGAGAUCUCUAUAGCCGAUUUAGUGGCUAUUGUGGAAAUCAUGCAGCCUGUUGCUUGUGGAAUUGAAGCGUUCGAAAACAAACCAAACUUGGCAGCUUGGAAAAAAAGAGUGGAGGACGCCAUUGGAGCCGAGUUGUUCAAAGAAGCACACGAGAAUGUGCUGCGUGUGAAGGAGAUGCAGAAUAUGCCCCUCCCCCCGGAGCUUAAGGAGCGACUUAAAGGCAGACUACUGCAGUUCUUGCGCUAAUGAAGCUUCAAGAAAAUUCAAUAAUUCCAUUUUUUUUAUUAAGAGGCAUUGUUUGUAGCAUCUAUUCCUACUAGUUGUUGUGACUUCUAGUUGUCUGCUUUAGUAAAAUAAUGUUUC